ACAAACAAACGUCAAACAAUUUCUACACGUGCCGCGCGUACCGGGCCAGAAAGAACGGAAAGGAAAUUCAGUAAAUGUUCAGCAAAAAUGGCUCAGUUUAAGAAAACCGAUAGUAAAAUCUACUCAAAAACCGCGACCGUGCUGUCGGCAGACACAAUCUAUUGGAAAAAGUUAGGUGUUCCAACAUUGGUGAAAGAGUUCGGUGCGAUAGACUACAUCGAUUUCAGCCCCGUAGAACCUUACCUGUUCGCCGUAACAGCAUCAGUUCGCGUACAGAUCUAUAAUCCCAUAACGAAGCUGGUGGUAAAAAAUAUAACAAAGUUCCAAGAGGCUGCUCACGGUGGAUCGUUUCGCAAGGAUGGCAAUCUGUUGGUAGCAGGCGACGAGUUGGGCAAAGUUCGACUGUUUGAUGUGAGCACCCGCACGAUUUUGCGCUUCUUCGAGGGACAUAAAGCGCCAGUACACCGUACGUUCUUUACCGCGGAUGGGCACCAUGUGGCGAGCUUUUCGGACGAUCGUACUGUAGGGUACUGGGAUAUUGCAACGGAAAACCAUUUGCACUCAUUUACUGGACACGAAGACUACAUACGAGCCGGUUGUACGAGUCCCAUCAGUCCAAACAUAAUCCUGUCCGGUGGUUACGAUCGUAAAAUACGUAUGUAUGACACACGGGCAAAGGACUGUGUCAUGACCGUCGAUCAUGGGCAACCGGUGGAAUCGUUGCUGUUUCUGCCGAGUGGCGGAAUAUUUAUCAGUGCCGGGGGUACCUCCGUCAACGUGUACGAUGCACUUGCUGGAGGACGGCAGCUGGCGCAACUUUCCCAGCACCACAAAACCGUUACCUGUCUGCAGUUGGCCAGCGAUGGCAAGCGUCUCUUCUCAGGAAGUUUGGACCGUCACGUAAAGGUGUACGAUAUCGCUACGUACCAGGUGGUGCACACAAUCGACAGUUCGAACGCGAUUCUGAGCCUUGGAAUUUCCAAGAAUGAUGAGACACUUGUUACGGGCAUGGUAGAUGGAUUGAUCGCUAUAUAUCGGCGAGAAAGUGAUCCGCGCGAUGAGCAAACUACUCAGCGGAGUACACGCAAGAGCCGCUAUCAGCAUAUUUUCGAAUCAGCUGACCAGCAGGUUGAUGAAUUUAAAUACGGUCAAAUUGAAGGUCACGAUCGGAUGCUGCGAAAGUACGAGUACAAGAAAUCGCUCGAUGCGGUCAUGCUGGUUAAGGUGCGUGGCAAGUGGCCUGAGAAAACGGUAGCCCUCAUUAAGGAGCUUAUACGUCGGAAAGGCUUACAUCGCGCGCUCGAUGAUCGGACACCGGAAUUUUUGGUAACGUUCGUAAAUUUCCUCACGCGACACAUAGGCGACUAUCGCUUCACACCGACGUUGGUCGAUGCGAGCAACAUUCUGCUUGACGUCUACGAGGAUUCGUUCGAAAAAUUCGCGGGCACCGUUGUGGGUAAGGCGUUCGUAACGCUGGCGGACAAACUACAGACGGAGGAACAGCUGGUGCAGGAGUUUUUGAACGUUCAGGGUGCACUGGAAAUGAUUUCCGUUGCGGCUGAUACGGCGGAACCGGACAGUGGAGACGAUGCGAGCAGUACACCGUACGAUGCAUCCAAUAAGGCAAAAACCCAUACGGUCAUAUCGGUAGAUUGACUGAAAAAUGUACACACGCUGUAAGAGGUAGAAGUAAGACAAAACAAAAUACACUGCUUUCCCGUUGGAAACAUA